UGUUAUUUUUCAUCAGUUUCAUCAAAUGCCAAAUUGUGUCAAAAUAAACAAACAUACUAUCCGGUGCGAAGUUUACGAAACUACACAAAAGCCGACAUCGUCGAAACCAAAUGAUAUUCAACAGUUCAACGUGUGUUUUAGCUGCACAUCAGUCUACUAGGCUAUGGUUAAAUACGGGAUCCAAAAUGUUAUGUUCGAAAGUAAAUCAACGACAAGCCGAGUUGAUGGCUAGGAGCUUACCAAAAAGAAUGCCGCUACCGGGUGUACAAAACAUUGUCGUAGUUUCGUCCGGGAAGGGUGGUGUAGGUAAGACAACAACGGCCGUGAAUCUUGCCGUUACACUGGCUCGCCAUGGCAAGACAGUGGGAUUGUUAGACGGGGACAUAUUUGGCCCAUCCGUUCCCAGAAUGAUGAACAUUAGCGAAGCACCACUGGUAGAUGAACAAAACAGAAUGAUUCCAUUGGUCAAUUACGGUGUUAAAUGCUUAUCCAUGGGUUUACUGGUCGAAACGGGACCCGUGGUUUGGCGUGGUCCACUGGUAAUGUCCGCCAUUCAGCGGUUACUGAAGGGUGCAUUCUGGGGCCAACUCGAUAUCUUGAUCGUUGACACACCGCCCGGAACUGGUGAUGUACAUCUUUCGCUCAGUCAAAAUAUACCCAUCGAUGGAGUAGUGUUGAUCAGCUCUCCUCAAGCUGCAGCUCUAGAUAUUACGAAAAAAGGAGCACAAAUGUAUCGGACGCUUCAAGUACCGUUGAUCGGUUUGGUAGAAAACAUGAGCCACGUCGUUUGUGAUAACUGUUCGAACCGAAUAGAGUUAGCAGAAAAUUUGACCGACAAGUAUGUAGAGGAACUUUCGAUCGAAGUGCUUGCGCGUGUUCCGAUCGAAAAGGACGUUAUGCAAUGCAGCGACGCAGGGACGCCCGUUUGUUUGAAGUUUCCUAACUCCCAACUGGCCAAAGCGUACGAUAUGAUCGCAACGAAAGUGAUCGAUUUUUUAUCUAUUAAACAGUAACUACGGUUUACUUUA